AUGAGGGGGGGGGGGGGGGAGGGGGGCGGGGGGGGCGAGGGGGGGGGAGUUGGGAGUGUAGGGUCCGUGGGGGGGGGAGGGGGGGCUGAGGCGGGACAGGAGCUGGUCAGGGGGGGAUGUAGGGGGUGGCGGAGUGCAGGGGGGGGAUUUUGGAUUUGGGGGGGAUUUUUUCUGGGCGGGGGGGGAGUGGGGGGGGGGAGGUGGGGGGGGUGUAAGGGGGGAGCGUAG